AUGUCUGUUCCCUCGCAAACUUCUGUUCUCAUUGUGGGCGCCGGGCCGGCGGGAUCGUACGCCGCCUGCGUGCUCGCUCGCGAGGGCGUCGACGUCGUGCUUGUCGAUGCCGAUAAGUUCCCCAGAUACCACAUCGGUGAGAGUAUGCUGGCAGCGAUACGGUUCCUCUUGCGCCUCAUUGAUGCCGAGGAGGCCUUCGAUAAGCACGGCUUCGAAAAGAAAUUCGGCGCCACAUUCAAGAUCACAGACAAGAGGGAGGCGUUCACCGACUUCUCCGAGGCGCUCGGCCCCGGCGGUCACUCAUGGAACGUCAUCCGGUCCGAGGCAGACGAGCUGUUGUUCAAGCACGCCGCGAACAACGGAGCCAAGACAUUCGAUGGCACGAAAGUGGACAGCAUCAACUUCGAGCCCCUCCCCGAUUUCGAGAUGGGCGAGGGUUCGCACCUGGCCAACCCAGGCCGUCCCGUAUCGGCCGACUGGUCGCGCAAAGACGGAACCAGGGGCAACAUCAAGUUCGACUACCUUAUCGACGCCAGCGGACGCAACGGGAUCAUAUGCACAAAGUACCUGAAGAAUCGCAAGUUCAACGAAGGCCUAAAGAACCUCGCCCAGUGGACCUACUGGAAGGGCGCGAAGCGCUUCAACGUUAGCAAGCGCAACGAGAACUCGCCCUUCUUCGAGAACCUCGAUGACGCGAGUGGCUGGGUCUGGGCUAUCCCGCUGCACAACGGCACAUUGUCAGUCGGCAUUGUGGCCCGCCAGGACCUUUUCCUGGCCAAGAAGAAGGAGCUUGGGCUGUCUGGCCAGGAGUUCUACCGCGAGUAUCUCAAGCUUGCGCCGCAGAUCAGCGAGAUGCUGUCGAAUGCAGAGAUCGUAGCCGAUGUCAAGCAAGCGUCGGACUGGUCGUACAGCGCAUCGGCCUACGCGGGGCCGUACUUCCGCGUCGCCGGCGACGCCGCUGCGUUCGUCGACCCGUACUUCUCGUCAGGCGUGCACCUGGCUCUGAACAACGGUCUCGCAGCCGCUGUAUCGAUUCAGGCGUCGCGUCGUGGACAGGCGGAUGAGCGCGCCGCUGCGAAAUGGCACGCCACCAAGGUCGCCGAGAACUACACCCGCCUGCUCCUCAUUGUCAUGGCAGUGCAGCGCCAGCUGCGCCUCAAGCAUGAAGAGCUCAUCACUAGCAACUCCGAGGACGGCUUCGACACCGCCUUCAAGGCCAUUCAGCCCGUCAUCCAGGGUGUGGCCGACACUCACGAGUCAGAUGCGUCGGUGCAGAACAAGGCGGUGGAGUCGGUUAACUUCGCGCUUGAAUCGUUUGAAGUCACGCCCGAGCAGGAGAAGUUGAUGACGGAGAAGGUCGUCCAGGCUGCGCAGAGGGCGCCCGAGACGCUCCAGAAGAUGACGCCUGAGGAAGUCGACAUCUUGAAGCGCAUGAGCCAUCGUGUGUUGCACCGCAACACAAACCGGAACAACAAGGGCCUAGUGGACUUUACAGGCCAGGUUAUUGAUGGAUUCUCGGCGAUACUGGAGCGCGGCGAUGUGGGCCUGAUCAAGGUAGAAGACUAG